CAUUUAACAAAGCUAUAUUAUUAGCAAAGUAUAUUCAUAUAUAUACUUAUAAAGAAGAGUUUUUAAUUCCAGAAUUUACUAAAUAUAUAGAAACAAUAGUAGAUAAUAUGGAUAGUAAAGAUGAUGAAUUAGAAUUAAUUGAUACUUUUAAUAAUGAAACUGGUUUAAAUCGUUCAAUUACUAUUGGUAAUGCAGCUUUAGAAGUAGCACACCAUUGGGAAGAAAGAAAAAGAUUAGAAACAUUGCCUAAAACUCAAUUAGCAAAUAUUUCUGAUCUUAAUCCUUUGUGUAAAGAUGUAUUUUUAAUAAUUUAUUUGAAUAGAAUUUUAUGUUUAGAAAAAGUUAUUGCGAUGUAUAAAAAAUGUGGACAGCAACAUGCAUGGGUUGAUAAACCAGUAGGAUUUUUAGACAAUUUGUCAUAUAUUUCUAUUAAUGUUUAUAUACAAAUUGCAAAUCGUGUUUUUUCAUGUGAAAAUUUAGUAGGAGGAAAAAUUGCAAUUCAUAUUACUCCACAAGAAAUAGUUUAUUUUUUGG